AUUCAGACAUUUAACAGGGCGUAAACUACGACUUAAUCGUCGAGACGACAACUCGAUUCGCUAUUGUAAUAAUCCCCUUUAUCGUAACGUAACACCACCAACAGAGAUCUCGCACCAGCUAGCCGAUACUUGCAACUAUUAGAUCUUUGUUCGUUUAUGGGUUUUUUGGUAACCCGAAGAAUUUGAGGCGAGUCAAUCUAUAUGCCUAGAUUUCCGGUCACCUUUCGGCGGAAAUCUACCGCGGCAGAAGAUCCAAAUGGACCGGUAGCAGAGCAUUCUUUCCGAGUCCUGGAACGGGCUGAAGUAAGCAGUGGAAAAUCCUUUGAUGGUGGUGUCAGGUUGGCCCGGAUGACGGGAUCUACACCUAGACCAAACGUUGCUGCAGAGGAUAAUCUGUUUGCGGGCUUGAAAAAUAAUCGUGGUAGCGGAAGUUCCAACACUACUAAGACGGCCUCCGAUAAUUCUUCUCGUCACAGCAACGCCUCUACGGCUCCUUCAUCAACCGAUUUACCACCACAGGACGACUGGCGCGGUGCUAAUAGAAAGUCCGUGUCCAUGGCAGACGUUCCUGCUCCGCUGGCACCCAAGAAUCACGGCGGCUUUCUUAAACAGGCAGGCAGAACUUUCUCUUUCGGUAACAGAAAGAGUACCACCUUGCCAACUAUACUGGCAGAGGACGCCGUCCCUGCCGUCCCCGCGAUGCCUGACGAGUAUAGUCCAGGUACGCCCCGUGGUCGUUCACGGGCUGAGACUGCUUCGACGGCCAGCACAGCGACGCCUCCCAGGGUUGACGACAGGGACUUCAUGUUAGAUCUAGGUGGUGAUCUUAGCAGCAUGCUCAAGUUUGACAAGCGUGCUAGUGUCGCUACUAUAAAAGAACGUGGCUUAAUGGCAAAUCGAGCCAGCCAGCUUACGCCGCUUCAUCUUGACAACUCCGUUCCUGUUGAGCCUCCACAGCAUUCGUGGAAUAGCCAUCAUUCGAGGAAUAGCCAUCAUUCGACUGAUGGAUUGUUAACGUCUGGGCGAACAUUGACGUCCCCUACUAUUCAUGAAACGCGGCCACCACCCGUUCCAAAGCAUGAUGACAGCCCUAGAGAGCGCCGACGAUCAGACGACGAUGAUGAAGACACAAUACUGUUAAGGGAUUCUCUUGCCGCUACUCAAUAUUUAGCUAGCGAAGCACCAGUCCCUAGCGGAAAUUCUGGCCGGUACAGGAGAGACGAAGAUAGCACUUUAAGCUUUAGGUCUGGCGCCACCGAGUCUUACUCUAGGUCGGCCAGGUUCGAUAAGAAGACCGAUGACGAUAAUCUCUUCGAUAGACCCGCUAGCCGCCCUAAGUUGGCAUCAAGAACGGGUCCUCGCUCCCACACCAUGCCACAGAAUAAGGUUAUGACUCCUGCGGAAUUUGAGAAGUACCGCCAAGAUAAAGCUCGAGAUGAGAUUAUGGGGAUAGCCGACGAGGAGGAAUCAGAUAAGGAGGAAGAGGAUAAUUACGAUGACGACGAGGAUGAUCGAGAGAAAACAAAGCAGCUGGCCAAGCAGAGACGAAAGCAAGAGGCCCAUAUGACUGUUUAUCGACAACAAAUGAUGAAGGUAACAGGCGAAUCGUCUACUAACACUCACGCCUCUCACCCUAGCAUCUCGAUGUCAAUGAGCACGCCGAACUUGGUAUUAAACGGCGGAUCUGGCAAAGGUGUUUCCCCGAUCCCCCCUUCGGAUGGCUCCGAUUCCGACGAAGAGGUGCCUUUAGCGAUUCUGGCAGCGCACGGGUUCCCUAAUAAGAACAGGCCGCCAACGCGUCUCAACAACAUGUCGUCUAACCCUAACUUGCGGGCCUCCGUCGUACAGCCUUCCUAUGUCAGCGGACCAGGAUCUACUGUGGGCGACAAUAACGGCCAGGGAGUUGGUAGUGGUGGCAAUCUACCACCGUUUGCUAGGAAAUUGCCCCAGGAUCCGUACCUUGGCGCGGGUUUAAUUAACCAGCCCACAAGAGAAUCAUUUGCCUUGGGCGGAGGAUCUGCUGCUUCGAAUAGAGGGGUACCUACUGGAGGUCUAGUUGGUGUGAUUGCCAACGAAGAGCGAUCGAGGGCGUUACGACGUGGUAGUCCGGUAGUUGAUGGCGGGAGGAAUUCCUUUCCCCUUCCCCCGAACGUACAGACGAACGGGAUGCCGAUGAAUGGGGGUUUUGACCCUAUGAGCGGCAUUCCUCCUCAGACGAUGUACCCAAUGGGCAUGCCGCAGAUGCCUAACCCGAUGAUGACUCCCGGCGACCAAGCACAGAUCCAGAUGACGCAGCAGAUGCACCAGUUUAUGCAAAUGCAAAUGCAAUUUAUGCAAAUGAUGGCUACCCGUGGUCCGGGACAAGAACAGAUGCAAGCGCCGUUUCGACCCCAGGGACAUAUGCCAACACAGUCUAUGGGAUCUUUGGUAGAGGGACCGCGCAAUUCAUUUAUGGGCGAUCUAAUGGUGAAUCACAUGGGUCAGGGAAUGAACUUGGAUCUACCAAGGGGCGAUGCGCAAAUGCGGACGAUGAGUAUGGUUCAGCCAAGCUCAGCAUCGUGGCUUCAACCACCUCAAGCCGGCUAUGCGCCCUCGAUACGCGCCCAGGGCACGGGUUAUAGUCCUUCAAUUGCACCCUCAGAGCGCAGUAAUAUUGGGUUACCUGGACGCUACCGACCAGUCUCCAGCGUUGCAAUGGUCGAUCACAGCAGAACCGCUACCAUGACCGGCGCUAUGCCAGUCAUUCACUCAAAGCUUCAAGCCGAAGCGAAAGUGACUCCCGUGAAUAAGGAGGAGGACGAUGACGACGAACAAGGAUGGGAAGCCAUGAAAGCGAAGCGGGAGAAGAAGAGGAGCGUCUGGCGAUCCAAGAAGAGUUUCGGGGACGAUAUCGGAGCACUCAUCAGUUAAAGGACGUAUAUGCAUUCCAAUGGUUUAUAUCAUGAUCCUGGG